GCAAUGACUAACGAAGAAAGCCAGGCCAUAACAAGACUAUUGCUACGACCAACAGAGACAUGUCAAUUCAUAUCAUUACUCGUGUCUUUUUCUACUCACUCGACGGUGCUUUUUGUACAAUUGUCAUUCGUUGACAUGCAUUUUAUCUUGCUGCUACUAUUGCUAUUGUUUCUGUUGCUGUUGUUGUUACAAUUGCUAUUUGCCAUUUUACAUCCAUUUAUGUAUUCAAGACAAUACACUGUGAUAUCCUUAACUCUGCAUAUGCAAAUACCUUAUCUGUUCUAUCGCCCGUCAAUCUUUUAUCUUUGAAC